CACUUUAUGACAAAACACUGGCAUUUAGCCGAUGCACAAAACUCAGUGCAAGUAUAUCUUUUUUUACAUUAAGUACCGCCGAGUGACUUUUGUCAUCGUCGAUUCGCGCUUCUACAGUCUCCGCGCGUCAGGAUUUCCAUCAAGUGAACUGACAUGAAUGAAUUGCGUGAGAUCAGAAGUGAAACGUUUGAAUGAACGCGCCAUAGUUUGAAGAUGAGUAGUAUGAAUUAUUUCCAUGUAAUAUUGUGAUGGCUUCCUCAACCGAGAGACCCCACAUUUCAGGAGCAGAGGAGAAGCAAACUGUAAAACUCCUGUCUUCACAGAUGCUUCUGGUGGAUGCUCUUUAUCACCUGGGCCCUCUGAUAGACUGUGUUAUAUCUGUAGGUCUGCUCUCUAGACAAAACUGUUAUGAAAUUGAAGCUGAACGAACGCCACCCAACAAAGUCCGAAAGCUUCUAGAGAUAGUUGACGCUCAGAUGGAUGAAAGUGGAGCCUCUAGUUUCAUGGAGUGUCUGAGAAAAUGCAAGAAACAUUACCCGCGUCUACGAACCUGGUUGACCUCAGAAGAAGAUCACGUCCAACCACCAGGCAUUACGCAAGGUCCAACAGAACGUCAACUACAGGCCCAGUUUAAUGUUUUGUGCUCACGCUUGGGCCUUUCUGUACUGCCGGUCUCCUUCGAUCUCUUCUCCAGAGGCAUUCUGACUCAGUUGGAGCUGGAGAAAAUCCAAGCAAUAAUCAUCCCAACACAGCAAGCACAAACCCUGCUGUCCAUCUGCCUGAAGAAAGGAGAAAAAGCAUGCAAGAGCUUUUACACAGCGCUAAAGAAUGAAGACGAGCAGCUAGCUGAGGAACUUAAUGUGAACAGUUUGGUGGAAGACCUUAAUAAAGAGCCUGAAGGCAGCAUUGUGCCGAUAGCAGUGGAGGAAACCAGAGGUCACUUGAGGGCUUUACCUCUGUCAGGAGGCCUGCAGCAGGUCAUGACUCGGCUGGGCUUGACUGUGGGGGAUGAGAUUAGGUUUAAUGUCUGUGAGGUUGGUGUGGCGGUAGGUUUGCCGCGUCGGACGGUCCAAGAGUAUUUUCUGGAAGGGGUUGGCAUUGAAGACUCAGCCCAGCUGGAGGCUCUAGUGUCCCUGUAUAUAGAGAAGACAAAGGACGCCGACAGACUACUGAGCAGAGUGGCAGAACUCAGCCCUCAGUGGGUCCAGCUUUCAGAGAGGGGGUGCCUGCUGUUGAGGUUGCUGCAAAAAGCCGAGACUCUUCUCCGCAGCGGUAUCCACAGUCACCGGCACAGCUGGGACCACCUUCACGAUCAGGACCACUUACGCAGCUGGGACCACCUGUGUCCUGAUGACUGCACAGAUCAGCGCACCAUGUGGGCCAUCUUCAGCUUUCUGGUGUGGGACUGCAUGGCAGAGGUUCUGGAGGAGCCGGAGGCGAAGCCUAGCGGAGGCAUACUAGGCAUGAUCGAGCAGCUGAGCGCCAGCGGCAGAGUGGAGGCCGCUUUGCUGCAGGAAGUGGAGCAGUGCUGGACCGAAGGGGAUGCCGAGAGUCUGCUGCAGAGUGUGAGAGUCCUUGCUCAGGUGCUAAGAGACCUUCAUCCCCUCCAGGAAGGCCUCCAGCUUUCCUCUUCAGUUGAAGGGUUGUUUUCCUGCAGGCCCAGCAGGCUACACCGGGUCACUUCCUUCCAGGGCGUCUCUGCGCGGGUCAUCCGUAAAGCUCUAAGCAGCAUGGUUCCAUCCUCCUCGGACCAGGACACAACUCUUCUUGCUAGACAGCACAUGGAGGCGUGCGUUCGUAUCGCACGUCUCCUAGAUGUCGUGCAGCCCAAACGAACCACCGUUGACUUUUCAAAUGCGCCCCCUGCUACGGUCAUCCAGCAUGUGCGGUUUGUCUUAUCAAAUCCUGCUUUUAACUCUGAAGCCUUUGACGCGGGAGUUCGCCAUCGCUUGCUUUCAGUGUUGGAGUUCAAUCCUGCACAGCUGGGAUUGGGCUCUCUCAGGCAGCUCCACCAGGAGACCCUAUCCGAAUUCCAAACAUACUUACAACACGGCGAGCACCACAACUUCCAGUUUAUUCUCGAAUCAGUACGGAUACUCGGUCCCGCGAAGCUGUUUUCUGUCAGCAGGGUUCAUGGGCCUGUCGCCAUCGACAAUGGGGUGGAGGAGGUCAUUCGUUUUAUCACUUCAGAACCCACUUCAUUCCUGGUACGACUGCACAGUCUUUGUUAUGAAGAAGGAAGGGGGCGCUUCAAGGUGUGUGCGCCACGUUGUGCAUGUAUGUAUCUGCUCAAAGCAGAAGGGCUGCGUGACAUGCAGUGGUGCGGUGGCAACGUUUUGGCUGAGAUAGGUGGGAAAGUGUGGGUCAGAGAGGGAGAAAGUGAUGGCUGGGAUGAGCUACAGGCGCUGGCUCAGAGACACUCCGCUCAGCUCAAGGUUGAAGGAUGCUGCUUCAAGGUCAAGACCUCUGGGUUGGAGUGUGAGGUCAAAUUUAUAUACAGGAGUGGCAGGCUAUGGGCUAUGCCACAUAGGGAUUGUGAGGUAGAUUAAAAUACGGGUAGUUGACACUUGACAUGACGUUGCAGUGACAAACAGUAGCUGUGUUUCCAUUACCCAUCAAAUUGCCCAAAUUGAAAUUGCGAAUUGAAUGGAAACACGCCAAUUUCGCAAAAACUGCCAAAUAUCGGACAAACGUUUUUAUGCUGGCAUGAGAUGGUUUUGGGGCAAUUCAAAAAAAUGAAUAUUUCGCAAAACUGUAAUGGAAACCGUUCUUUCGCAUUUACAGGUCACCUGGUGUACGCAAGUCACAUGAUCAUUCUUUAAUGUACUAUAAUCCCCAAGAAACACCUCAAAAGUGGCCGCUCUCAAGUAUAAGGGGCUUUCCUUGCCAUUAAUGCUUAAUGACCCCUUAUUUACACUGCAAUA